AUGGAAUUUAAUCGUUAUUUUGAAUUAACCAAGGAUAAAUCGAUCACGUGGACGAAAUGCUCCAAGGACCUUGAUGAUGAUUACGAUGAAGAAAAUAAUACUCCUAAACCGGUGUACCAUUUUGACUGUGCUGUCAUUGAGGUUCCGCUAGAUUGGACACGUUUACCAAUUCAACAACAAACCUUUCCUUCAAAUUUACCAGAGCCCCUGAUUUCGAUUAGAUUGAAGAGAAUUUCAGCGGAUGAUCCAUUACCGAAGGGGCAAUUGUGGUUACAUGUGAGCCCUCUUUUUGAGUUUCACAAAUCAGUUGAUCUGUCAUUUGAGAAAAUUGCUGCUGACAUGUUUCAACAACUAAAUCGAGAAUAUGAUAUAUUUAUUCCAAGUAUUAGAGGUAGUCAGGGAUCAAAGCCUCUCUAUCAAUGCAAACUAGAGAUUAAAUAUAAGGAAAUUUUCUCAACUGAGAAAAAACUUGCAUCAUGCCUGACAAAAGAUCCAAUAACAUCAGAUUCCAUUUCUGAAAGAUAUGGCAUCUAUUUUCGAACAGAUAAAAUAGCAUUGGAUCUUCUCUAUGUGGUUGGAUUGACCAAAUAUCACCAUAUGAAAAACACAUCCUUAUAUCAAGGAGAUGCAUCUGAGUUCACUUCUAUUCACUAUGGAUAUGGAUACAAUACGCUCCUGAUUAAUGAAAUGAUGAGGCUAGAACAUUUACUUUUACGAUCAGGAUGGCCUAUUAGAAAAUUUAUAGAUAUGGUCAUUCUUGACUCUUUGAUAUCACCAAUUACUAAAUUGAAUUUACUUGCAAGUGACAUGACCUAUAAUAAUGUGGCCAAUCAAUAUCUAGCCGAGUGUGAUGAGAAUGAAUUUUGUCGCAAGAAAUUUAAACAAUUAAGCGAUACUAAAACCUCUAUUAAGAAUUAUCUAAUACGAUUAUAUAUUUUAAAUUUAAAGAAGUGUUCCUCAAUGGAUGCUUCAGCGACCAGAGUCAUGUUAAGUUAUAUAUUUUUCCACCAUGAUCUUCAGAAUUUGAUUCUUCCGUUCAUACUUCGAGUCAUAAGAUGUAAUCAUUUAGAUGUGAACACUAUUAGCAACUUUUAUUAUCGAUUAUUACACUCUCGGAUCAUACACAAACAGUAUGAUGACCGAGAGGGGCCAUACUACGCUUUAGAAAGGAACAUUGCAUGUAAUGAAAUGAUCAAGGAUUUUCAUCACAUUGAUGAAAAACAGUUGGAGAGUGACAUGGCCAAUUUUGCAGAGUACCAAUUCAUCACAGGAAUGACAGUAUACAUGCUGAGAGCAAAGAAAGCAAGAGAAAUACAUCAGCUUAACACGACAGAAGAUCACCAAGGCCAUCCAUUUGUCACGUUCAACAGGCCCAUGUUGAUGAUGCAAGGAUCUUUGGACCCCAUCUCUCACAUGAACGGAUCUUUAGAUUGGAGAGAUUUUUAUAUUGGAACAAAUCUUUCUUUUUUCGAAUCUCCAAUUCAAUCCAAUGGUUCACAUUAUUUUGUCCUUUUUCCAUUUGUUGGACAUUUAAUUGCUCUCCGUACGAAGUGUAGUUUGAACUUGAUGACCAAUUUUAUCAAAACCAAUGGAACGUCUAUUUAUGAUAAGUGUCUAGAUGAAUACAACUUCACCCAUGCAAAAAGAACUUUGUUUAAUAAUGCAGAAUUUAACACGAGUGUUCAACAAUUUCUUCAAUCCAAAGAUCCAUGGGACAAUGGGCCUCUACUUUCCAUAUCUCAGUAUCAUUUUAUGGUGAUUGGUUUUACUGUAGCUGGCACGGUCCUUGUCAGUUUAUUUAGUUUGCUGUUCUCGUUACUGAUAUUGUCUUGGAAACGACUGUCAUGA